UCCUACCCAUUUAGCAACAACUCAAUCUAUCAACUCCUUAAGCUAUCUAUUGACACUAAAAUGGCCUCUCCUCAAACCAAUGAGUUCAAUGCCCCACGUUUCCCUCCACCACCACCCCCAUUUCACCCAAGAGCUCCACCGCCUCCUCACGUUCGCCCGCCACCACCACCACCACCACCAUCGCCACCAUCAGACAACCAUCCCACAGUAAUAGUCAUUGUGUUCAUCUCAUUUGGAAGUCUUCUCUUCUUGGCAUUCCUUGCGGCUGCUCUCUUUUGUUUCCUAAACAAGAAGAAGAAGAAGGCAGUUCAAGAAGUCGAAAUUAUUCACGUAGAUGAACAUAAGAAGGUUAGGGAGGCUAUCAUACCGGGUCCCCGUGGAACACAGUCUGUGAUAUUGUCAAUUGACGAUGAUGUGCAUAUUGAUGAAAGGAUUGCCAAAAAUGAGAAGUUUGGUCAUGCAGGUUUGCAUGCUAAGUCUGCCCAAGGCGAAUCUGGAUCGACAAACAAAGAGAGAGGAUCAUCUUCUUCUAGCUUUGAUCAGCAACAAUUUGACAAAAGCCUUGACCACAAGUCAAUUACACCAUCCUAAGGACCUUAUAUGCUCAUGUCCGAAUAUGACUCUCAACGAAAUUGCACGACUUGUAAAUUAUGUGAUAUAUAUGUUGUCGUUCAUUUUAUUCGUUCUCUUUGCUUUGAAUUAUACAAGUUGCAGGCUUGCAUUAAUUCCAGCGCAGCAACAAUUGAAUAAAUAAAACUUUGCACUGAA